GGAUGGUUGGGGGCGGGGGGGGACUUUGUGCCAAACAUGUAACAUGUACUCGACGUUGUUACUUGUAAAAUUCCGACGGCUUCCAGAUUAGGGUUUUGGCUGCGGGGGAGUAGAAGAUUGCCGAGCCAUGGUUCUCAAGACUGAACUUUGCCGCUUCAGUGGGGCCAAGAUAUACCCUGGAAAGGGAAUCAGAUUUGUUCGGUCCGACUCUCAGGUCUUCCUCUUUGCUAAUUCCAAAUGCAAGAGGUACUUCCACAACCGGCUCAAGCCCUCAAAACUCACCUGGACAGCAAUGUACAGGAAGCAGCAUAAAAAGGACAUUGCUCAAGAAGCUGUUAAGAAAAGGCGUCGUACUGCUAAGAAACCUUAUUCGAGGUCUAUUGUCGGGGCAACUUUGGAGGUUAUUCAAAAGAGAAGAACUGAGAAACCUGAAGUUCGUGAUGCUGCUAGGGAGGCAGCUCUACGCGAAAUUAAGGAAAGGAUUAAGAAAACCAAGGAUGAAAGGAAGGCGAAGAAAACAGAGGUGUUGGGCAAGACGCAGAAGGCACAAGGCAGAGGUAACAUUCCAAAGGGUUCUGCGCCAAAGGGCCCCAAACUGGGAGGUGGGGGCGGAAAGCGGUGAAAUUCAAUUCUCUCCGCGGGUGUUGUAAGCUAGAAAAGUUAUUGGCAAUUUUGUAAGCAUUGAUAUUAGUGUUUGGUUUUAGUAACACUUGGUGCGGUUUUGCUUGUUUUAGAUUUUAUUGUAUGCAUGAAGCUAUUUCUGAAUACGUUUUCCUCCACUGAUAUUUGACUUACAGUUCGUUUUUGACAGAUAAAUGGCCGAUAAAAGUAGCAUUGAUCUUGAGCUUUAGCGUUGGUGAUUUGCUUUUAUGUUUCA